UUUCCAAGCUCUUCUUUGGAUGUUAUUUCUCGUAGCCGUUUAUAAGUAACCUUCUCCGAAAACAACUUUUUAUUUUUACAGAGAAACGGCACGAUGUCGAAGAGCGGCGAGCAGUUGAGAAAGAAGACGGAGGAGGAAGAGAGAGCAGAAGAAAAGGCCUCCAAACUCCAGGGCCUGCCAAUGGAGAGCAGCCCUUAUCUCAAGUAUACUGAUUUGGAGGAUUACAAACGCCAAGGCUACGGCACCGAAGGACACCUGGAACCUAAGCCUAAUCAAGGCGGUGGCGGCACCGAUGCUCCCACCCUCGCCGGAACUAACCUCUCCAAGGGACCAGCCUCCGUUGUAGACGCGGCCCACCGCGUUGGCAUCCCCUGAUCAAAACAUAUGUAAUAUAUUAUUAAUUUAAUUAGUUUCUAAGGUUUAUUUAUCACCGGAGGAACUACUAUGCGAUUUUUAAUCUUCAAUGAAAUUUUAUAAAUUCUGAUUCAA